AUGCUGCACCAUUUCAACAUGAACAUCUUGUUCACGUUCCUCUUAAUUGUCACCACAGCAUGUUUCUACGUCACUGAGUUGAAACCUCGUGGGUCGAUCAUAAUAGCGUCAUGCAUGGCCAUGACAAUGUUAUACCACCUCCUCAUGAAUCGACCCUGCAAAGUUUACUUGGUGGACUUUGCAUGCUUCAAGCCAAGCGUGGCGUGCCUUUGCUCCAAGGAAACGUUGCUGGACAGAGCCAAGCGCGUGGGGUUUCUCUCCGACGAGAACUACAAGCUGGUGACCAAGAUUCUGGACAGGUCUGGGUUGGGACCGUGGACCUAUGUCCCAGAGGGGUUGUUGGAGAUUCCGCCGAAGCUAACGUUGGAAGAAGCGAGGAAGGAAACGGACACAGUGCUCUUCGGAGCUGUCGAUGAGCUUUUGGAGAAAACUGGGAUUGAGGCGAAGGACAUAGGGAUUCUUGUGGUGAACUGUUGCUUGUUCAAUCCCACCCCGUCGCUCUCUGAUUCCAUUGUUAAUCGCUACAAGCUUCGUGGGAACGUUUUGGCGUACAAUCUCAGUGGCAUGGGGUGCAGUGCAGGGGUUCUUGCUGUUGACUUUGCCAAACAGCUCCUUCAGGCACAUCCGAACUCGUACGCGCUGGUUCUGAGCACGGAAAAUGAGAUCUCCAGCAUGUACUGGGGAAACAAUCCAUCCAUGCUCCUCGUGAACUGCCUCUUCCGCAUGGGCGGCUCCGCCGCACUCCUCUCCAGUCACGCGUCGGACCGCCGCCGCUCAAAGUACCAGCUCCUCCACACGCUCCGGACGCACGUAGGCGCCGAUGACAACAGCUACACCUGCGUCUUCCAGGCUGAGGAUGAGGAGAACAAGGUGGGCGUGUCGCUCUCGAAAGAGCUGAUGAACGUGGCACGCGACGCGCUGAAAGUCCACAUCACCUCCCUCGGACCCCUGGUCCUUCCGCUCUCGGAAAAGAUAAAGUUUUUGUCAAACCUGAUCGAGAGGAAGGUGCUGAAGACGAAGAUCGAGUCCUACAUGCCGAACUUCAAGCUGGCGUUCGAGCACUUCUGCAUCCACACUGGAGGGAGGGCUGUGCUGGAUCGAAUGCAGAAGAGUUUGGAGCUUGAAGACUGGCACAUGGAACCUUCUAGAAUGACGCUGUACAGGUUCGGGAACACUUCUUCGAGCUCCGUGUGGUACGAGUUGGCGUAUUGUGAGGCGAAGGGGAGGGUGAAGAAGGGUGAUAGGGUGUGGCAGAUGGCGUUUGGGUCGGGGUUCAAGUGCAACACUGCGGUGUGGGUUGCCUUGAACACCAUAGAAGCUGGGUCUUGCAGGAGCGCGUGGAGGGAUGAAAUUGGUAAUUUUCCCGUGAAGAUUGAUCCUCUCCCUGUCAAGAGUAACAAAUGA